GAUGAAUAUGUUGUGCAAAAGUUUUCACAAGGGUAAAUACUAUGUAUCGUUCAAAAGAGGCUUUGAAGAGCACAAGAAGGACAUAACAAUUUCUGUUGAUAAACUAUUUGACAAAGACUGCUUGAAAUUGACAUUGUCUGAUGAUGAGGACCCAAUGUUUUUAUGUAGAAUUCAAAUUACUCGUUGCGACUAUGAAGAAUUAAAAAAGCAACAAGGGCUACUUAUUGAUUUUGACAACUUUCCCUCACAAGUAGUGAGGUUGCUGCAACAAUGUACUGCAAAUAACAUGUUCCUUAUAUUGAAUCAAAUCAACCCAGUUACAUAUAAUUUUGAAGUGGUAGAACAUAAUGAAUUCAAGCGACUUGUCCAUUUGUGUUUGAAGACAGGACCAGCGUGUGAUGAUGAUGUUAAACAGCAUAUGGCUGAAACUAUUACAGAUUUAAAGAAAUCACUAUCAGCAUUAAAAAGUACGAGUUCAAGUAGUGAAGCAUUAUGGAAUGAUAGAUGUGCAAAAAUGGAAGUUAAAAUCCAUGAUAUGACAUUAGCAUUGGCAAAAAUGGAAGAAGAUAAACUUAGACGGGAGAGUGAAUAUCAGGAAGCAUUGAGACAGGAGAAAGAUAGACUUGCACAGGAAAAACUGCAACUCCAAAAAGCAGCAGAUCUAAAUGCAAAGAACUUUCUGGCAAGUUCACAACAGAGUCUAGCAGUUAAAGAGAAACAAAUAGAUGAGUUGAGCCAGACUUGCAGACAGUUGAGGGAUACAAUAUCACAAUUGGAACGUCAAGUUAGUGACAAAACGCAAAGAACAAUGUACUUAGAGAAGGAAGUUCAAAAAUUUCAUCUAGAAGUUACCACUCUGACAGCAAAGAAUACUGCAUUGGAACGAGAAAUUAACGAACGCGAGAAACAAAUUCACCAGUUGAACAUGAAGUGUGGAUCUUUAGAAAAGAAUGUCAAAGAUAAUUCAGAUGUGAUCAAGGAAUUAAGUGAAAAUGUUCAAACACUGAGUUUGGAAAAGAACAGUCUAGAAAGGAGGUUAUCACUGAGUGAAUCACUUGCAAAUAGGAAUAAUGAAGCAGCUCAGUCUACAACGGAACAAUUGCUAAAGGCUAACCAAAUAAUAUCUAAACAAAAUAAUGAUAUUAUAGAAAUGAAAGAUAAGUUAUUAUGUAGAACUGCAAUCGCACUUGAACAAGAGAAAGUCAUCGAACGAAACGCAAAAGAAAUACAAGAUCUCAAAUCGGAAAUACAAAUUGCAAAGGACAGUAUGGACAAGUUGAAGACAGAACUCGAUACUUUAAAGGAAAAAUGUGAACUUAAUGACAUUGCGUUGAAAGAUAAAGAUGAAACUAUUAAAAAUAAUAAUAUGGUGAUACAAUGGUUACACAAAAAAAUGGAAGAAAGUUACCCGCAUACAUCGGAAAAACGUCCAAGUGCUAAUGUUGCCAGUUCAACGCCAUAUUUUAUAAAUAGAAAUAGUAGUGUUGUUCAAGAAUCGGACGAAUCUAUCAAUUUUUACGGCACUUCUAAAUCAAAUAUAGAAGACAGUCCAAAUUUUACACAUACGACAGAACGAACUAAAAAGGGAUUAGAUCCCAAAUAUCUACAGCCUGUUUGUGAAGAAAAUAAAGGAAAGAAAAAAGAUAUCAUAAGGCCCAAUACAGCUCAGAGUAAAGGAAAGGAAAAUAAGAAUGUAGAAUUACCUAAAGUUGACUAUAGAGAAAAGAAAACUUCAAAACCUACGACAUUUCGUGCCACACCCGUUUCUGCAUAUUUUCCUUAAUAUUAUUUGUUUUUAUGGAAAAUAUUUAAGACUAUAAAAUCUAUCAGUGUAUAACAUGUUAAUAAAGAAUAUUACCC